AUGGUAUGUUGUUCGAGUUCCCGAGUGAAUAGCGCUGAGCUGUGCUUUUUAUGGACUGGAAAAGCCCGUGAGGCCCUUCCCGGUGCACCCAGCAGCGCGAGCAGACCUCGAGGCUCUCGUUCGGCACUGCAUAAAAGGCUCCGUGCUCGUGGAGUUUUCUGGAACGUGCCGUAUCGCGCUUCAAAGCACGCCGGCUUUAAACUAUCCAUAGUGACGAGCACGCUUCUAGCGCUGGUAUUUGUUUUCGCGAACGGCACGGGGAGAGCGCUUCUAGCUGGAACAAUACAUGUAACGUGUUUUAGUGUGUAG